UUACCUUCUACCCUCCAGUCCCGCGACAGCCCGGCGUCCAGGAGGAGGAGCGCCGGCUACAGUCAUCUGGCCCGUUGACAGCUGCUGACAGCUGUAAAGCGCGGGGGCGCGAGGAGGCAGCGUCCUCGGCUCUCGGGCCCGGGAUCCUGGCCUGCUUUCCGGGUGAGAAACGAAACAGUUCCUGCGCCCGCCUCGUCUUCGCGCUGUCUCUUUAAGAGGUGAACAGGACGCCCCGCCCCUUGGAGUUUGGGCUGGACGAAAAGGACGGGCCUGCCUUCCAAGUCGCCGCUGCCGCGAAAGCUUGCACGGUGUCCUGGGGCCGGCGGACCCCGGGCGCUGACCGUCUUGUUCCCUCCCAGUCUAUUCCUCAAUUUCCGCGGAGCCAGCCGGCCACCCGCGACUCUUGAGCGACGCUCCCUGGCCCGGCUCCUCCCCCGGGCGCUGGAGGCCGGAGUCCCGGCCUGGGCCCGGUCCGCGCACCGGCGGCGGCGAAUGGGCGGCCCGACCCGGGCCCUCAGGGCUGGCUGCUGGCGGGAUGGUCACCCUGGAGGAGGUGAUUUGGGCCAAUGGCAGCACAACGCUGGCCCCACCCCUGGCACCGAACAUCAGCGUGCCUCACCGCUGUCUGCUGCUCCUCUAUGAAGACAUUGGCUCCUCUAGGGUCCGGUACUGGGACCUCCUGCUGCUCAUCCCCAAUGUGCUCUUCUUCAUCUUCCUGCUCUGGAAGCUUCCACUCGCUCGGGCCAAGAUCCGAAUUACCUCCAGCCCCAUUUUUAUCACCUUCUAUAUCCUGGUGUUCGUGGUGGCACUGGUGGGCAUUGCCCGGGCUGUGGUGUCCAUGACGGUCAGCACCUCGGAUGCUGCUACUGUUGCUGACAAGAUCUUGUGGGAGAUCACCCGCUUCUUCCUGUUAGCCAUCGAGCUGAGUGUGGUCAUCCUGGGCCUCGCCUUUGGCCAUCUGGAGAGCAAGUCAAGCAUCAAGCGGGUGCUGGCCAUCACCACAGUACUGUCCCUAGCCUACUCUGUCACCCAGGGGACGCUGGAGAUCCUGUACCCUGAUGCUCAUCUCUCAGCUGAGGACUUCAACAUCUAUGGGCACGGGGGCCGCCAGUUCUGGCUGGUCAGCUCCUGCUUCUUCUUCCUGGUCUACUCUUUGGUGGUUGUUCUCCCCAAGACCCCACUGAAAGACCGCAUCUCCCUGCCUUCACGGAGGAGCUUCUACGUGUACGCGGGCAUCCUGGCGCUGCUCAACCUGCUCCAAGGACUGGGUAGCGCGUUGCUCUGUGCUGACAUCAUCGAGGGGCUCUGUUGUGUGGACGCCACCACUUUCCUCUACUUCAGCUUCUUUGCGCCCCUCAUCUAUGUGACCUUUCUCCGAGGCUUCUUUGGCUCCGAGCCCAAGAUCCUCUUCUCCUACAAAUGCCAAGUGGAUGAGACAGAGGAGCCAGACAUGCACCUGCCCCAGCCCUAUGCGGUGGCCCGGCGGGAGGGCCUGGAAGCCCCAGGAGCUGUGGGGGCCUCUGCCGCCUGGUACUCAAGCACACAGUUUGACUCGGCCAGUGGUGUUGCCUACCUGGACGACGUGGCCUCCAUGCCAUGCCACACAGGCAGUAUUAACAGCACAGACAGUGAACGCUGGAAGACUCUCAAUGCCUGAGGGUGGCCGCUGGGGUGGGGGACCUGCAAGGGCCUGUGGGGGACAGACUGGAGAGGAGGCCUAGGAGCAGAGUUCAGGGUGGAAAAGGACAAGGCCAGAAUCUUCUGUGCCAGGCCCCUUCACUCUGGGCUGGAGGCCUCUUCCUGCCCUCCUGGCCCCCUGCUCUGCCUGGGACCCUCCUCCUCUCUCAUCCCUCACCUUGCUCAGCAUUUGGCCCCAGAGGUGAAUUCCUCAGGGCCAGGCCUGGUUCAGCUGGCUGAGGGUACCUCCUUUCUCCAAAGCCUUGCGCCCAGGGCUAGUCUGGCCCUCGUUACCCUCUGCUCCCAUCCCUCCUCAGAGCCACUGUGGUGAUGGGCUAAAGUAUGUAUAUUUUCUUGAUCUAUUUUUUAAUAAAAAGAAAAAGGAGCAGAAGGUA